CGUUGCUAGGCUUAAUUUAACGCCCUCUUUCUUCCUUUUUUUCUUCCUUCUGCCUUCUCUGUUUGUUUCAUUUCUCUCUCCAUCAGCGCGUUUGUUGAAUUUUCGCUUCUGUUCAUAAUCUCGAUUGUUUUCCCGCGUAAAGAAAAUUGAAGGAGAGGGGGGGUUUUAGGGUUUUUGAAUUUGCAUUCGCUGCCAAAAUCCAUUGCUCAACGCCUCUGAUUUUUGGAAUAGGGAUAGGGUUAGGGUUUCGUUUGCUGGAAAUUUCAGUCGACAAUGAUGUACGGCGAUCCUCAGCAACAACAGCAGCAGCAGCAUCAGGGCGGGGAGUUUCACCGGGGCCCGCCGCCGCCGACGAUGAUGCGCCAGCCCUCUGCUUCUUCCACUAAUCUCGCUCCUCUGGAGUAUCACCACCCUUCUGGUCCUGCUCCACCGGUUCCUCCUUAUGACGCUCAUGCUGAUGGUUUUGCUGCAAAAAGGAUGAGAAAGCUUACGCAGAGGAGGGCAGUUGACUACACUAGCACCGUUGUCCGUUAUAUGCAGAUACGAAUGUGGCAGCGAGAUUCAAGGGAUAGGACUAUUUUGCAACCGACACCAGCAGCGGCUGUUGAUAUGUUGCCAACAGUGGCCUAUUCAGACAAUCCAUCAACUAGCUUUGCUGCAAAGUUUGUGCAUACUUCUUUGAAUAAAAACCGUUGUUCAAUUAAUAGGGUUUUGUGGACUCCUACAGGAAGACGCCUUAUUACUGGCUCUCAAAGUGGGGAAUUUACAUUGUGGAAUGGACAAUCGUUUAAUUUUGAAAUGAUUCUUCAGGCCCAUGAUCAAGCAAUUAGGUCUAUGGUAUGGAGUCACAAUGAUAACUGGAUGGUCUCUGGUGAUGAUGGAGGCGCAAUAAAGUAUUGGCAGAACAACAUGAAUAAUGUGAAGGCCAAUAAAUCUGCUCAUAAAGAGUCAGUUCGAGACUUGAGCUUUUGUAGGACAGACUUGAAGUUCUGUUCCUGCUCUGAUGAUACUACAGUCAAAGUUUGGGACUUUGCUCGGUGCCAGGAAGAACGCUCGUUAACUGGCCAUGGUUGGGAUGUGAAGAGUGUUGACUGGCACCCCACAAAAUCUUUACUCGUUUCAGGUGGGAAAGACAGCCUUGUAAAACUUUGGGAUGCUAAGACAGGGAGAGAACUCUGUUCAUUUCAUGGCCAUAAAAAUGUAGUACUUUCUGUGAGAUGGAACCAAAAUGGUAACUGGGUACUGACUGCUUCGAAGGAUCAGAUCAUAAAGCUUUAUGACAUAAGGGCUAUGAAAGAACUUGAAUCUUUCCGUGGGCAUCGGAAGGAUGUGACUGCUCUGGCUUGGCAUCCUUUCCAUGAAGAAUACUUUGUCAGUGGGAGUUACGACGGAUCAAUUUUCCAUUGGCUUGUUGGGCAUGAAACUCCCCAGAUUGAAAUUCCCAAUGCGCAUGAGAACAGUGUGUGGGAUCUGGCAUGGCAUCCUAUUGGAUAUCUUCUUUGCAGUGGUAGCAAUGAUCAUUCGACAAAGUUUUGGUGCAGAAAUAGGCCAGGAGACACUACUCGUGACAAAUUUAACAUGGGUCAGAGCCAAGGUUACGGUGAGAAUCCUGCUAUUGCUGGUCGCUUUACUGGUAAUUUUCCGGCGUCUGAAGGUCCAACAACUCCAGGACCGUUUGCUCCUGGAUUAAAUAGAAAUGAAGGAACCAUUCCAGGGGUGGGAGUUGCCAUGCCAUUAUCCAUUCCGUCACUUGAUACAUCAGCUCAAGGAGAUCAAAAACAACAUCAUCCAGUUUCAAUGCCUUUAGGAGCUCCUCCUCUUCCACCCGGUCCUCAUCCCUCCCUUAUUGCCGCCAAGCAGCAGCCGCCAUAUCAACAAAAUCCUCAACAUAUCCCUCAACAGCAGCAUCAACAACACCACCAAGGACUCCCACAACAAAUGCCUCCUUUGCCUAUGCCACCAAAUAUGCAACAGCUACAGCCUCCUUCCCAUUUACCCUUGCACCCACAUCCUCAUUUAGCCCGCCCACCACCCCAAAUGCCCCCACGUGGUAUGCCAUCUUCUGUACCUGGAUCUCUACCUAUGUCCUCACAUUCAAUGCCGGUGCGUGGUCCAAUGGGGAUGCAAGGUACGAUGAAUCAGAUGGUUCCUCCUAUGCCACCACAAGGGCAUUUUAUGGGCAUGAAUCCAUUGCACUCGGGAUCCUUGCCUGCAGGUGGAACGUCUCAGCAGGUUGGUGGUUUUCCAAAUGCCUCGCCGAACAUGCAGGGCCCCUCCAAUGCAACUGGAGCCCCUAUGUAUCCGCAGGGUGGCGCUUUUAACCGAACUCAAGCUGGGCAAAUGCCUAUGAUGCCAGGGUAUAAUCCAUACCAGUCUGCGAAGCAAGCCGGCAUGCCUCAGCCCCCGCCUCAAGGGCCACCGCCUCAUGCCCAACCACCUCAGUAGGCUAUCUUUUUGCUACUUGUAAUUGUAUCAAUUAUCGUAGGGCCAGCGGAACUUUUGUCAAAUCUUCUCCCCUUAACUUUGUCUUGCACAUCCUAUGUUUUCUUGUCUUUUUGUUUCCAUUGUUUUCGUUGUAUGAAUUCGGCCUAUUCACUUGUGGUUUUGAGUGGAAUAUAUUUUGGCGACAGCGUUGGGUGGAA